UCAGUUGACUUUUGAGACAUAAAAACAUAAAAACAGAGUCAACGAGCAAUAAAAGGUUGACGUGUGGUCAUUCAAAUGGCGCCAAGAGUUCAAGCAAUGGAUCCAGUUUCAAAGUGAGUGUUGUGGUAGUCUGGAACUGCAUCGAGAACUUUGCGUGGACCGUGUUCCGUGUCUCCACGACUUGAGGCGGCAGACCGGAGCCGUGGCCCGGAGGUGCUCCGUGCCUGUCAUGGCGGCAGUCCCCAAACACGGUGGUGGACACGUCAAGCUGAAGAAGGAGUCCUAUCGGGCGUUUUUGGACCUGUUGGACUCCUGAAGUAGCUGAUGGGUACCGGCUGACCAAGCGCAAUGCAGCUUUAGUUGGUCGCUGAGGCAAAAACCCGGGCAUGGGAGUAGUUCCGUGAGGCCACGGAGAGAGACCUCCAGACAGCUUCGAGGAAAUUCUGGUCCACUGGCUGGCGUGUCAGGAGGGGGAAGCAGCGCACCAUCAAGACUGUAGGCUGACCUUGACUCGGGAUGAGAGAAUGCUUCGAAGACCUCAAUUCCACCUACACACCUUCCCGUGAGGAAGCAGGGUCUGGUCUGUUUUGGUAAAGGAGCUCAGCCGAAGGGCGAAGUUCUCAAUUUACCGGUCAAUCUCCGUUCCUACUCUCAACUAUGGUCACGAACUGUAGGCCGAAAGAACAAGAUCCCGGAUACACGCGUCCAAAAUGAGUUUCCUCCGCAGGCUGUCCACGUUCUCCCUUGGGUAACAAGUGAGAAGUUCGGUCAUGCGGGAGGAGCAGAGUCGAGCCGCUGCUCCUCCGCAUUGAGAGAAACCAGAUGAGGUGGCUCGGGCAUCUGAUCCGGAUUCCUCCCCGGUGAGGUGAUCUGGGCACGUCUCACUACAAGGAAACCCUGGAGACCACCGAGGACACACUGGAGAGACUACGUCUCGGCUGGCCUGGAAACACCUUGGGAUCUCUCCGGGAGAACUGAAUCAAGUGGCUGGGGAAAGGGAAGUCGGGUACAAGCACCAGAAAAUGGAUGACUGAUAUCUAGCGCAAUUGUACAGGGACCCUUUCCCCAUCCCGUUGGGUGUCCUCUUGGGCCUGGCAGACUUGUCCAUGUUUGUUGAACUGUUUGUUGGUCCGGAUGUAGACUGCGACACGGUCCACGUAUUCAUCCUGACCGCCAUCUGAAGUUUGAAGGCCACUCCACUCUCAACAGUCCUCACGAGUGUUCACGUCACUGUUUCUUUCAAAACAUACAAUUUCACGAAACUUGAUUUUAUUCAUAGAUUUGGACGAAUGUAACAAAUAAGUAAAAAUAUUUGGUCAAUGAUUGACAGCUCAAAAGCAAAGUGUCAUCAUUGGGUUUUUGUCCUUUAUGGUUGCUGACGUGAACUGCGUGCGCUGACUCGCAGAUUUGAUAUGUUUUCCUGCUGCUUGACGCUGGCGACGUUGGCGUCCGUCUGGGGUAAUGCCGCCCACGUCCUGAUGGUGGCGCCGCCUGCGGGGGUGGACGUGCACCCGCAGGCGGAGGCGACUAUCCCCUGCGGCGGUAAGGGCCUUCUUCCACCGGCGGGCGCGGUGGCGUACUGGCACACGCCCUUCGGACCCGUCCGCACGCCUGGCCUCCACGACCCGCCGGGCCCGGUCCACAUGCUGCGGGACGGCAGGCUGGCGCUCCGCAAUCUUAGCGAGCUGCACCGGGGUCUGUACUACUGCCUUCUGCGACACGACGACGGGGGCGCCACGCUGUUCCCUUACCAGCUGCGCACGCGCGGCGGUACGAGGUCCGGGAAGGAGGCGGAGGACCCGGAGGCGGUUUCUGACAAUCUCUUCGCCGGAGCCGUGACGGCGGCGGUGCUGCUCGCCUUCACGUUGGGGUUCAGCGCAGGAGCUCUGAGCAGGACCCAAAUUCUCAGAUGUUCGCGGGCGGUUGCCGAGCGAUUCUCAUCGCCACGGCGACCUGACAUCACCAUGACGACUCUCGGCGGCUGGGCUUCUCUGGGAUCCUCUCAGUCGUCCUCGAGUCCACCUCCCAAACCGCAAAGAAGUUUCCAGGGGGACAAACGGGGCAAGGGUCAGCGGGAGGGAAACGACGGCGCCCCCGCGGCCGCCUACCUGGAAGCCUGCGACCAAUCAGAUGAGGGGAAAGGAAACGAGAGGGGGAGGCGGGAGGAAGACGGCGGAGGAGGAAAAGAUGAAGGAGUGAGGAAUAAUGAAGAUGAAAGAAUGAAGAGAAACGAUGAUGAUGAAGAUGGAAGCAGCCAAUCCUCACAAUCAGACGGUGAAGCUCAAAAGCAGGAAGCAGCGUCUCCUCCUCUGUGGCGUCCGAGUCGCGUCAUCCGCGUUUAUCAGUACGACCAAGAUGGGCGUCCCUAUGGCCACCUCCCGGUCGCCGGGUCGGGCCCAGUCCCCGCCCCGAAGCAGCGCACCGCCUCCCUCAGCCACCUCAACGCCAUCAUGGCCCCCACCUUUGAACCAGGUCACCCGACGGACGGACGUUGUCACCCGGACGACGCAACCCUUUGUACCAGGCCACCCGGCAAACGGACUCCGUUACCUGGACGACGCAACCCCUUGAACCAGGUCACCCGAUGA